AUGAGGGAGCAGAAAGGAGCCACCAAUGGCCUUGGCAAGACCUUACCCGAUAAAGAGGUGUGUGCAGGAAAUUUGAGUUUUUCACUGAACUUUACACUGCCAGUAAAUACAACGUCCUCUCCAGUUGUCACGAGUGCCAAAGCUGAUGACUGUGGUCCCUCUAUUGGACUAGCGGCCGGAAUCCCCUCCCUGCUGGCCACAGCCCUGCUGGUGGCCUUGCUGUUUACCUUGAUUCAGCGAAGAAGAAGCAUCGAUGAGCCCAUUGAGGAAAGUGAGAGACCAUGUGAAAUUUCAGAACUCUAUGACAAUCCCAAAAUAUCUGAGAAUCCUAGGCAGUCACCGACACAUGAGAUGGACCCACGAGGUGCCCAGGAAGGCCACAUAUAUGUGAAGACAGUCUCUGGAAGUGAGGAGCCUCUGCCCGACACCUACCAUCCUCCCGAAGAAAUAGAGAGAAGGAGAGGGCUAUGGUGGCUUGUGCCAAGGCUGAGCCUAGAAUGA